UUCAAUCGGUGGUGCAGUGGUGCAUUGGUGCAGUGGUGCAGUGGUGUUUGGUGGCCCAACAUGCAUGUUUGACAUGGGUUUCGAUCACAGGUUAUGAUUUGGUUUCGUAGAUGGGCGGUGUUUUGUUGGUUGGGAGGUGCAUACGACACAUUCACAUUGCAUGUGGACAGACAGAUAGAAUAUGUUGGAGAUAGAGAUAGACAAAAGACCAUAGUUAGAGGGUGGGAGGCUGAGUUUCUAGUUGAGUAUUGGGUAAGUUUGGCGCAGUUUACAGCUGAAAGUCGCAGAGAAAGAAGCAAACGCAUUAAAGCCUUGGGUUAAGUGAAAGUGCGCCGGCGGAUAUAAAAAUGGCUGAAUGCGGCGGAAACUGCACCACAUCCUAUCCAGCAGCAGUUCCAGCAAGGCAAUGAUGUUCCGCUCCGUGAUCCCAGUGCUCCUGCUCCUGAUCCCGCUCCUGCUGUCCGCAGAGGCCGCAAACUCGGUGCGGGCUUGUGGCCCGGAAUUGUUGGACUUGCUGAGGGUGGCCUGUCCCAAUGGAUUCAAUUCCAUGUUCGUCAAGCGAGGCUCCCUGGGGCUAUUCGAUUAUGAGGACCUCUUGACCGAUCAGGAUAGCUCCGAUUCUCACCCUCACCACAUGAACUCGCUGUCCAGCCUUCGGCGCGAUUUUCGAGGCAUUGUAGAUGCCUGUUGCCGCAAACCGUGCAACUUCGUCACGUUGAGGACAUACUGCCUUUCCUAAAAUUGCUACGAUACCUGGGCGACA